AUGAGUCACCGCUUCACACCAACCUUCACGCCUCCUGGCAGUUCAAGCAGGUCGUUCAAUUGGCUCAGUAGCACUGCAACAAAUACCUCGAAACAGUCGAAGAUGAUUGCCUCUGCCGCAAGAGCAAUAUCGACCUCCAACAAACUACCCUCACGUAAACACUACAAGAACACCGUCACCAUCGUUGUAGGCCCCGAAAAAGAACCAUACACCCUCCACAAAGAGUUGCUAUGCUUCUACUCCGACUUCUUCCGCGCCGCUUUCCAAGGAAGUUUCAAAGAAGCAACUGAAGGCAGAAUAGAACUUCUUGACGUUCAGCAUGAAUCUUCUACCGCUGACCCAAGUCUUCCUCGUCAUACGACCCUUGCCAAUCUCUGGGUCUUUGGCGAUCAAUACCAGAUUCCGCUUCUCCAGAAUUGCGCCAUUGACGCUAUUAUCAAGAAAACGGAACUUAGCAAGACCUUUUACAUCGGUAUCGUCAAAAUCGCUUACCAAAACACCCUCGAGAACUCCCGUCUACGCAAACUCGCAAUCGAGAUUUGCGUCUUCGACAUGACUCACAUCGGCCAUGAGCAGUCAAUCUUUGGGGACGACCAGAUGGAUAACUGGAGUAAGGAGGCUCUUGUUGACUUCGCAAGGGCGAUUAGUAAGGCUUGGGAGGAUGAGUCGCCAUGGAGAACUCUGCCGGUCCAUGACAAGUGCUUCUAUCAUGUUCACAGUGAGGGAGAGCAUUGCUGA